UGAUCCUCUGAAAAAAAUAAAAGCGUCAGAAAUGGUGAAGGGUGGGUAGGGUCAUCUUCAAUCCCGAUAGCUCAUCUCGUCAAAUCCCUUGGCUGUGUGCUUUCUGUUUCUCCGAUUUUAGCUCCCAUGGCUGUCAAUCGAUGGUUGAGACCCGAGGUUUAUCCUCUGUUUGCGUCCAUAGGAGUCGCUAUUGGGAUUUGCGGAUUUUCAUUGGUGCGCCACAUCUGCAUCAACCCUGAAGUCAGGGUGAACAAGGAACACAGGGCUGCAGGAGUGCUGGAGAACUAUACAGAAGGGGAGAAGUACGCUGAGCACUCUCUACGGAAGUUUGUUCGCGGUAGGGCUCCGGAGAUCAUGCCAUCCAUCAACAGCUUUUUUACCGACCCAAAAUGAAAGUUUCAUUACAACAAACACCUCACUUGAUUGUCUGGAUUUCUCAUCAUUGUUAGCAAGGUGAAUGAUUUUGAUUGAUUGGAAGUGUGACUUUACUUUUAAUUGUGCUUAAACUUGAAACUAAGCGGUGAUUGGAUGAUGGUUUCAUCCAUGCUUAAUAAUGUAUGUUUAGACUUUAUAGUUUAAACAUGUACGUGUAUUGUUCUCGCACUAUAUUUUAAAUUAUUUGGUUCAACUGCUA